UUGUGGGAGUAUCCGGAUCCUCUGCAGCACCAGGGACAGCACCGGGCGCCCGCUGCACGCGGAUACUGGGAGUCGCCGGGUCACCACUACACCCGGGACGCGACGCUACAUUCAGAUGAGCCGCCCGGCGCUGCCCGCAGCUCUGACCCGAAGCAGGUGCCCGGAAAGACCGGAGCCCAGCGGUGAGCGGGGGGAGCGAUGCCCGGGGAGGGAGUGACCUCUGCUGGGCUCCUAGCUGCAUGAGCCCCCGAACAGGUGAGCAUCUGACGGCUCUGGAAUCACUAGCGAGAUGGUGAGAGACAUGGGUAAUUCCUGGCAUGUUUCCUGACUGGCAUCACUCUCUCCCACUGCCGAUUCCUCAGCACCCCAAACGAUACAUUUGAUGUAUCUGAAAUAACGGAGUACAACAAACUUCCAGUGCAUGGUCAAUGUCUCUAUUAGGUCUGGAGCGGGACGGAUCCUGUCCGGGUGGCCCAUGCAGUGUCUAGUGGCUGUUAUUAGGGACGACGGAAACAUGAGUGGCGGAGCAGAGCAAGCUGACAUCCUGCCGGUCAGCUAUGUGGUAAAGGACCGCUGGAAAGUGCUGAAGAAGAUUGGUGGUGGUGGGUUUGGAGAAAUUUAUGAAGCCAUGGAUUUGCUGACUCGGGAGAAUGUUGCUCUAAAGGUGGAGUCAGCACAGCAGCCAAAACAAGUCCUCAAGAUGGAGGUGGCAGUUUUGAAAAAGCUGCAAGGGAAAGAUCACGUCUGCAGAUUUAUUGGCUGUGGAAGAAAUGAGAAGUUUAACUAUGUGGUCAUGCAGCUUCAGGGCCGGAACCUGGCAGACCUGCGCAGAAGUCAACCUCGUGGUACCUUCACCAUGAGCACCACCCUGCGCCUCGGCAAGCAGAUCCUGGAGUCCAUUGAUUCCAUACAUUCUGUGGGGUUCCUGCACCGAGACAUCAAACCUUCUAACUUUGCCAUGGGACGCCUCCCCUCAACGUAUAGGAAGUGCUACAUGUUGGACUUUGGUUUGGCACGGCAAUACACCAACACCACUGGAGAGGUGCGACCGCCUCGCAAUGUCGCCGGCUUCCGUGGCACUGUCCGCUAUGCAUCAGUCAAUGCACACAAGAACAGGGAGAUGGGGCGACACGAUGACCUGUGGUCAUUAUUUUACAUGUUGGUGGAGUUUGCGGUUGGGCAACUGCCCUGGAGAAAAAUCAAGGACAAAGAGCAGGUGGGGAUGAUUAAAGAGAAGUAUGACCAUCGAAUGCUCCUGAAACAUAUGCCUUCCGAAUUCCACCUCUUCCUUGAGCACAUAUCCACUCUGGACUACUUUACUAAGCCAGACUAUCAGAUGAUCAUGUCUGUAUUUGAGAACAGCAUGAAGGAACGUGGGAUCACAGAGAAUGAGGCCUUUGACUGGGAGAAAGGAGGAACGGACAUCUUGCUCUCCACCAGCACAUCUACACCCCCACAGCAGAACACCCGCCAGACAGCUGCUAUGUUUGGGGUGGUGAACGUGACGCCUGUACCUGGGGACUUACUUCGGGAGAACACAGAAGACGUCUUACAGGGUGAACACCUCAGUGAUCAGGAGAAUGCCCCUCCUGUUCUUCCUGGCAGGCCAGCAGAUCUCACCGGGCAGCUCCCCAACACUGGCUUCAAUGACACUGAGGUGUGGGAGGAGACAGACGUCAACCGGAAUAAGCUCAGGAUCAGCAUCAGCAAGACACAGUGCCUAAUGGAGGAUGAUCACAGUCGGCAUGGGUGUCCCAGUUCUCCUGUUCGGGCCCCUCCCGAGUCCCCCACUACACAGGCUCGCUCGCUGCGUUACCGGCGUAUCAACAGUCCAGAGUCUGACCGGCUGUCCACGGGUGAGAGAGCCGAGCUGCCGGAGAGAAGAUCCCGCAUGGACCUCCCUGCAUCUCCUUCACGACAGGUGUGUUCCUCGCAGCCGGCUCAGAUGUUGUCCAUUGAUACAGGGCAGGUUGACCGACAAGCCAGUGGCCGCAUGGAGGUCUCAGCAUCUGUAGAGCACGAAGCCUUGAGUAAUGCCUUCCGCUCUGUGCCACUGGCUGAAGAGGAGGACUUUGACAGCAAAGAAUGGGUUAUCAUUGACAAAGAGACUGAACUCAAGGACUUCCACCCUGGGGCAGAGCCUACGACCUCAGGGACAACAGACGAAGAACCUGAGGAACUUCGGCCUCUGGAUGAUGGGGAGGAGAGACGGAAGCCAGGGGGUGCAGAUGCAGCCGUCAGGCCUAAAGUACAUGACGUUAGGCCUCGUGCCAUGCAAACUGUAGCAGAGGAAGAGACAUCUUCCAGACAUGAGGGUUCAGAAAGCAGGCCACUUCCCCAACCUGCAAGCCCAUCACACUCCCAUUCAACAUCAGCAACUCGACAACGGAGGAGAGAGUCUGAUCCCACUGGACCCCAAAGACAGAUCCUCAACCUGAAGCACUUUGAUAUCAAUGAACUAUCCAAGGUGGUGCCUUUAAAUUUGUCCUACCAAGACUUCAAGAAGGACAUAUCAGAUAGCAAGGAAAUGCUGCGUGUUCCACACAGGAUAAAGAGAGUGGACUUUUCCAGUGUGCUCCUGCCAGCUCUGCAUGCCCCUGAACCCCACAUAAUCAUCAAUGGCAGGUCUCCGCGGGAGGAAGAAACAGAAGAUGCUGAGUUUCUGGGGCAAGACCUAGACCUCCACAGCAAAUCCAGCAGCGAUGCUAGUCAGAAAAGCACAGAGAGGAGUCAGGAAGGAGCUCCCUCUACACUACUGGCUGAUGACCAGAAAGAUUCGAGAGGGAAAGCCUCCAUGGCGGAGAAUGACCUAGAGUUAGAAGAAGGUUCAAAGACCUUAGUGCUGUUUUCUCCUGGAGACAUGAAAAAAUCACCAGUCACCCACGAAUUGAUACCAGAUGUUGACCUGGGAACUCUUGCUGUGCUGACACCCCAGGCAGAGAAGCCCCAGCCUACGGGCAGUCAGUUAGAUAUGUCAGAACCUGGAACAUUAUCUUCCAUCCUCAAAUCAGAACCAAAACCACCUAGCACAGCUGCUGUAGCCACAGCCUCUUCCCCCUUUACCAAAGUUGAACGUACAUUUGUUCAUAUUGCUGAAAAGACACACUUAAAUGUCAUGUCUUCCACCGGGCAAUUGAUAAGGCUGGAGGAGCAUUUUAUCCCAGGCCAAUUUGAAGAGCCAAUUUUUGAGGAAGACAAUGAAGAGUUUGAUCUGCAGAAAGUGAACGGCACCAUUACCGUGGAAGUAGGCGAGAUUGACAGCUGUGCAUUGUCGGCAAGUAACGUUGAGGUUGGACUUGAGGUUCAGACAGACCUUCAUGCUGCUAAUGGAGUCAGUGAAUCAGAAGAGCAGUUAGAGAAAGAUGCUGUGGACCUUGAUUUCAAUGACACAGAGCCAGAAAAGAUUGUGCUUUCCACCAAUCGCCUUAAUGAAUCUGAAGAUGGCACCAGCAAGGGUUCACCCCAAGCCACUGGGCUUCGCUUUAGAAGUCGCAUUCCUGUUUUCCUGUCAGAGGAGGACACAGGGUCAGAUAGGUCUAUGUCAAACUCCGCCAAAGAGAGGUUUCACAAGAGAACAAAGCAAUUGGACUUAGCCCGACUUGUGAUGGAGAAGAGACAGAUUCGGCUGCAGAGGUUGGCCUCGGCAGGGUCAUCUUCUGCUUCUUCUAGUGAUGACAGGAGGAGGACUUCUGAGACUUUAUCUGCCACAGGAUCUGAGGAAGACACUCACGAGUCACAUGACUCAAUCCCAAGGAAGGUUGCUAAAGAGAAAGCACCCUGCACAAGGAAGGACGAUAAUGCAAAAAGCAGAAUUCCACGUCCCAUCACACCAGUAAAAGAUAUACGUUCACCAGUCCCACCAUGCUCAAGUGUUAGCAAACUGAAAGACUCUCCAGCUGCUCAGAGGUACCAGCUUCCACGGGCAGCAAUUUGUGGGACUAUUGGCCUCUCCCCUGACCACAAACCCAAAUCUCUACACAUGAGGCUUCCACCCCUUUCCAGUCCAACGCCCUCCAGAACAAACGUACGGAGGGUCAUUCGCGGGCCACCCAAAAGUCUGGUGGUCCCUGCACGAACACUCAGCGCUUCUUCACGAAGCCAGUCCCUCUCCAGGACCGAAAGCCCAUCUCCAUCCCGACAGAGAAGACAAGUUGCCACGACUGCCCGCCUGCACCCAACUCCCAAACUCCAGCACCGAGCGCAGGUCCCUGGUGAGUGUCCCGCAACCCCUGCAGUAGCGAGGAAGGGACAAAAACUGAAGGUCCAAGUACCAAGUCUGGCAACCAAAGCAAAGCAGGGAGCAAAUGAUGGAAGAUAAUGACUAUCGCUGGGUAAUUUCCUGUACAGCCUACGCUACGCUCAUUACGGCUCAGUUAGGGAACGCUGCGCUUCAUUCAACCUGUAAUACGCAAUAUACACACUCAGAGAACAGGAUACUACAAAGAGAGAAGAGCUUACAACGGUUUCCUGUUAUUCUCAGAUGGGAGAGUAUCACUAAUUGUCAUAUUGAGGCUGGACUACAUAUAACCAGCCUUGUUUCACUGUGUAGGACCCAUCUAUACCAAUAACCAGCUAGUGAUUGGGAGGACUGAGCCGGCUCCGCCUCCUGCGCUGACUGCGAUACCUCCCACAUCUGCUACUCGCUCACACGCCAGGGGUUUGUGGGCACCGUAUUACUGCUGACAGGCUACAUAGACUAAACAUAUACUGUAUGUAGACAUAUAUAUAGUAUAUGUUAAUCCUAUGCACACAUACUGGAGUGAAACUCUCCCCAAAGAGUUUCAGGACUCACAAAGAACUUGUACUAGCUGACAAUGAGCCCUAUAUGCAGCUACAUGAUUCCUAAUAGGUGCAAAGUUUUCCGUAUGAAUGACUAUUGGAGUGUAAGGGCUGAGUAUAGACACUGUUUAGUAUAACACAUAGCUGUGACCACCUCAUCCACAUAUCACUCUGAUUAUGUAUAGGGCACCACAGAGUAACGCAGCGCAGCACAAUGAUUCUAUAAAGAGAGAAGCCUGGAUUGAGCAGAGAUCACGUGGGGUCCAAACUGUUUACACACUGCAACCAGAAUGUAUCAUCAUUGGCCGUGUCUGGCCAACCCCACAUGCAUGUCAUGGGGGCGGCAUCAAAGACAGAUGAAGAACUGGCAGUCUGUUCAUCUCCUAUAGCACGAAAGACUUUGGGGAAGAGCAGAAGUAUUUAACGCUUCUUAUUACAUUAAACAUCCCAUUAUAUCAUCAAAUAAAGCCUGCUAUCCAAA